AUGCCACCGUAUGCUACAUGCAUAAAUAUUAAUCAGUUUAAUCCAUUAAAUGAUCAACAAUCAUCUUUUGUGAAUUAUUUUCAACAAUGUUCACAACCAUAUUCAAUUCAAUCAAAUCAACCGUACAAUUUAUUUCCAUUAUAUCCAUUACCGUACUCUCAACCAUGUUUAAAUCAACAACAACAAAUUGGAAAUUUUCCAUACAAUCAACAAAUAUCACAAAGAGUGGGAGGUUCAGUAAUGGUCUACCGUUUGGUAUUUCGACCACCAUUCACUUGGACUUAUAAUUGCUUUUGUGAUUGUGAAGAGAAUACUGCCUAUGUACCACGUAUCCCUGGACAACAUGCAAAUUUCACUGAAGCUGAUGUAUACGUCAAACGUCAACUACGUGAAGCAGUAAUGGAAGCAUUUCAUUCGAUCGGUGUUAUACCUGAGGGACUUAUUAUAACCACCAGCUUUUGGCCUUAUCCAGCAUUUAUUGUCAAUGAUAUUAAUAUUGCAAAAGCAACUUAUAUUAAAGGAAAAUAUUUUUAUACACUUGCAGAGAAUACAUUAGCAUUACGAUGUGAAGCAAAAGAGAUUGCAACAUGUGUUAAUAAAAAUAAUUUUAAAUCAUUUCAUGAAAUUGCAACUCUUACAAUUGAUAUACUAAAUGUAUUAACACAAUCACAACGACAAGAACUUGCAAUUGCUAUUCAACAAUCAUUGGAAAAUCGAUAUGUCAUAUUUACAUUACCAAUUCAAUUAUUAAAUGAUGAUAGAAUUAAAUUUAUUUUGGAUCCAUAA